GCCGCUUCACACCCACAAUCAAUUGAUCAAAUCAAAAUCAAACACAUCAGUAAGUAGAGAGUUGUUUGUUGUUACCAUUCUUGGCCGCCAUGACCAAGCUCUGCUGCUUCCCAGUGCUGACCCUCCUCUUCCUGCUCAGCUUCACCUCUGCAAUUCGAGAACGAGAACAGGGGAGAUGGCAGGAGGGUAGCUGCCAACUCUCCAGCAUCGAUGCUAGGGAACCUUCCUACAGUCUCCAGGCUGAAGGAGGCGUCACUGAGUUCUGGGACUACAACAAUGGCGAAUCCCAGUGCGCCGGCGUCUCCAUCCGCCGCCACCGGAUUCAGCCUAGAGGUCUCCUCCUGCCGCUCUUCCACAACGCCCCUGUUGUUUUCUACGCUGUUCAAGGCAGGGGACUGUACGGAGUGCUGAUUUCCGGUUGCCCUGAGACCUUCGAAUACUCGCAGGAGGAAGAAGGCGAGAGAGGAAGAAGCCAGAGGUUCAGAGACAGGCACCAGAAGAUCGAACAGUUCCGUGAGGGAGACUUUGUUGCUGUUCCUCAAGGCGCAGCUCACUGGAUCUACAACGAUGGCGAUCAGGAGCUUGUUCUUGUUGUUUUCCACCACAAUUCCAAUGAUGCCAACCAAUUAGACCAAAAUCCGAGGUCGUUCUUACUCGCCGGAAAUACAGAGAACGCGCAGCAGCGGCCACAAUACCGGCGGGAGAAGAGCGCGCACGGCCAGCAAGAAUUCGGAAACAUUUUCAGAGGAUUUGAUCUUGAAAUUCUGGCGGAAGCAUUCGAGGUAGGUCAGAAGACGGCGAGUAAGCUGCAGAGUGAAGACGAUAGCAGAGGCCACAUUGUUUUGGCUGAGAAGAACCUUAAAGUAAUCCGGCCGACUUACCGGCAAGAGGAGGAGGAGCGCCGCCGCGGUAAUGGACUCGAUGAGACUAUUUGCACCGCCAAAAUCAAAGAGAAUCUCGACAAGCCUUCACGCGCCGACGUCUACAACCCACGCGCCGGGCGAUUCUCCACCUUCAACAGCCAAACUCUCCCGAUCCUCAACCUCAUCCGCCUCAGCGCCGCCAGAGGAGUUCUCUACAAGAACGGCAUAAUGGCUCCGCACUGGUACGUGAACGCCCACAGCACAAUCUACGCGACGCGCGGCGACGCCAGAAUGCAGAUCGUGAACCACAGGGGACAGGCGGUGUUCGAAGGCCAGAUCCGCGAGGGAGAGGUGGUGGUGGUGCCGCAGAACUUCGCCGUGGUAAAGAAGGCCGGCGAGAACGGAUUCGAGUGGGUGGAGUUGAACACGAACGAGAACGCGAUGAUCAACACACUGAGCGGACGCACGUCGGCGAUACGAGCUCUGCCGGUGGACGUGAUAGCGAACGCGUACCAAUUGCCGAGGGAGGAGGCGGCGAGGCUGAAACUCCAGCGGCAGGAGACGCUGAUUUUCAGCGGCUCCGGCGAGAGGUCUGAGCGAGGAGAAAGAGGAAGAGUUGCAUCUGCGUAAAACCGUAAUUAGGGAGGGCUUUUUGGACAAUAAUAAUAAUAUAAUAAUAAUAAUAAUAAUAAUCACUGUGCAUUUGUGCAUGACUCUGUACUGUACGUAUGUGUGUAUAUGCCAUGCUGCAUGUGAUGUGAGUGAAUAAUAAGUCGCCUUGCGCUUUUAAA